AUGGUCUCCUUCGAUGAUGCUGCUCCGCGCGAGCGCUUCAUCCUCUACCCUCGCCCCAUUCCCGCGAAUGAGGGUAUCCCUUAUGUGCCCAAGAAGAAGAAACCUCUUCCAGCCUUGAGAGGAUGGUUUCUUGUCGCCUCUGUCUUUCUGCUGGAGACGUUCGCUUUCAUCAGGCGCAUCGUGUGGGCCGGCGCUGGCUUCAGCUCGCUCCGGAGGAUCCAGAAGCUGAUUGAAGACAAUGAACCACGCCAUGAUCCCACCGUCAUCCCGCUGGCUAGACUGGACAAGGCCCAUGAUUCUGAGUCUGAGACUACCGAGCAAACGGAUGAGAUUCAUAAAGUUUCAUCGCCUCCGCCUGCACCUCAUCAGAGAUAUAGCGUUGGCGACUAUCGCGCCCUGUACCUCGCAGGGGAAAUCACGCCACUUGAUGUUGUUCAUUCCAUUCUGCCCUUCAUCCGGAGGGACACGCUGCCGCCAGGUGAGCAUUCCGUGGCCUGGUUUGACGUCAAUGUCGACCUCGCUGUCAAGGCGGCUGAGGAAUCUACCCUGAGAUACAAGGAGCAUCGUUCGCUUGGGCCGCUGGAUGGCGUCCCCACGGCUAUCAAGGACGAGUUCGAUCUCGAGGGCUACAAGACCACUCUGGGCUCGCUGAAUGAUUACACUGGUCGUAUUAUGAACGACGAGGGUAAAAUCGACUCGUGGUGUGUGAGAAAGCUCGCCGAAGCAGGCGCCGUUAUUCUCGGGAAACUCUCGAUGCAUGAAUUUGGAAUGGACACAUCUGGAAACAACCCAUUUUACGGAACACCGCGCAAUCCUUAUAACCGUGAUUAUUACCCUGGUGGGAGUUCUUCAGGCUGCGCGUACGCCGUCUCUGUUGGUUUGAUACCUAUGACUCUGGGUAGCGACGGUGGCGGUAGUAUCCGUAUCCCCUCAUCUUUCUGCUCCGUUGUCGGUCUAAAACCGUCUCACGGCCGACUCUCGUGCUACCCGGGCCAGAACCACGCGAAUACAUGUGCUACGAACGGCCCAAUCGCCAGCGAUAUCCGUUCUCUUGCUGAAGUCUACUCCGUGCUGAGCCAGCCUCACCCAAGCACUGAUUUCCACCCUGAAUCUGAGGGCACUGGAAAGCUGAUCAUCGACCCCAAGCGACCCAAGGUGAUUGGCAUCCCCGAAGUUUGGUUCCAGAAAGCCUCUCCUUCUGUCCAGAAACUGUGUCGAAACACGGUAGACUGGCUUGUGCAGAAUAAGGGAUACUCCGUUGUGUCCAUUGAUAUCCCAUUUCUCCGUGAAGGCCAAAUGGCACAUGCGAUGACGAUUCUGACCGAUGGCGCGACACUGCUUCCUGAUCCACGGGGUCUUUCCGCGGCCAACCGCACCCUGCUCGCCCUGGGCAAGGUUACUCCUUCGACCGACUACCUCCUCGCUCAAAAGCUCCGCCGAACUCUCAUGCAGCAUCUGUCCUGGAUUUGGAAGACGUAUCCUGGCAUGGUCAUUGUGACCCCCACCACGUCUUGUGCAGGAUGGCCCAUUCGCUCCCCGUCUGAACUUAAGUAUGGCGUCAGCGAUGGAGAUCUCACUCUAUUGACCAUGGAGUACGUGUGGCUCGCCAACUUUUGCGGCGUCCCGAGCAUCAACAUCCCCACCGGCUAUGUCAGGCCAGAGGGUGAUCCCAGCGCAGGCGAGGUCGACAGCGACCUUGACUCUGUGGGGAAAGUACCUGUCGGCCUCAUAGCUACAGGUGACUGGGCGAGCGAGCACGCGCUGCUGCAGUUUGGACUUGACGCUGAAGAGGCAACUAAGCAUACGCAAUGUCGACCUCCGAACUGGGUGGAUGUUAUUGGAUUGGCGAGACAAGCGAAGAGUGCUGGUUUCUGA